AUAUACAUCUGUGACGGUACUUGAAAGGAUUUUAAGCUCGUAGUCCCUCUAUGUUAUUGAGAGCGCAGUGUCGGGGGCGAGCGAGGCCUCACCCACCUCUCCCACUUAUUAAUAACCUCCACAGCCGCUUAUGACCUGUUUUUUGUUAAAGACAGUUGGAUUAUGCACAUCAGAGGCCUUUCUUCCUGCUCAAGUGUAUAAAAGUGAAAAUCAUAGAUUAAGAGUAUAGCAGCACAGUUGUUGAUAAUGUCGUCUGAAAAUGGAAUACUGCUGGUUGAAGCUCUUUACUCCUUCAAAGGGAAAAAUAACGAUGAGUUAUGCUUUAGGAAGGGUGACAUAAUCACAGUAACACAACGUGAAGAAGGAGGCUGGUGGGAAGGUACACUAGAUGACAAAACAGGAUGGUUUCCCUCAAAUUAUACCAAGGAGCACAAGCCACCAGAGUGGCAAAAUACGCAAGAAAAACUCAACACCCUGGUAGAAGAUUUUAUAGAAGAUGGUGGAUCCAUAUCGCCACUACAUGGGGAUAGUGAUCUAAUUAGCCCACAACAUUCCCAACAGCAACAGAUUUAUCGUAACUUGGUUUUGAAAGACAUACUGGAAUCGGAAAGAACUCAUGUAGCAGAUUUGCAAAACCUUCAUGCAACCCACUUGACAGCUUUACACAAAUCUGAAUUGUUAUCAGAAGCUGAAUACAAGCAGUUGGUGGGAAAUUUAGAAGAGGUUAUUGCAACACAUACAAAUUUAGUCACUUGCCUUGAGGAGCAGAGUGAGAGGCCUUCAAGAGACCAGCGCAUUGGAGGAGCUUUCCUUACCAUGGCUCCACAGCUGCAAGGGGUGCACAAGACAUACUGCACUAACCAUCCACGAGCUGUUUGCAUACUUGAAAAAUACAAAGAUGAACUAAAUAGUUUUAUGGAAUGUCAAGGUGCAUUUAAACCAGGAAUCAUGGUAUUGACAACAGCACUGAGUAAGCCCUUCAGACGGUUAGACAAGUAUGCUGGGAUGCUGCAGGAGUAUGAACGGCACCUAGAUGAAGGGCAUCCUGACAGAGGAGACACCCAGAGAUCAUCCCAUGUUUACAAGGAGUUGGCGUCCACUUGUGGGGCUAUUAGACGGCAGAAGGAGCUGGAGCUAGAAGUGGUCACUGGGAGGGUCCACGGAUGGGAGGGUGGCGAUUCCCUGGGGACUCUAGGAGAAGUGGUAAGGAUGGGGUCGGUUGCCCUCCUACCGGACCACCGUGAUCGAUACUUAGUUCUGUUUCCAGCAACACUGGUUAUGUUGUCUGUCUCACCCAGAAUGAGUGCCUUUAUCUUUGAGGGAAAUUAUCCAUUAAGCAGUAUCCAAGUCACCAAACUAGAAGAUGGAGAGCAUUACAAAAAUGCCUUUGAGGUCUCAGGUCCAAUCGCAGACCGGAUUGUUGCCGUCUGCCAGACCAAGGAAGACCAGCACCUCUGGGUUGAUACCCUCACCCAACAGUGCCGUAUGGCUAGAGCCUCCAACUUCACCCCUCACAAAUCCUCGUUAACCUCUCCCCCUGUACCCCCAGCCCAUAGCACAUCCUUAGUGCCACGACAGUCCAGUGUGACUAGCAUCACAAGUAACACCGAGUCACCUUCAAGGAUGCAGCGUUGUGCAGGGGGAAAGGUUUGGAGCAUGUCUUGUCUACGGCCAUCUCCACCCUUACGUCCUGGACUUUCACCUCGUGAUGAAAAAAGAAGUCAACGGCAUACAAAACGGAAGGAUGACAAGUGGCACGAAGAUGAUGCAUUAAUUCUGCGAGUUAUAGAAGCUUAUUGCACCAGUGCCAAAACCCGUUAUACAGUUAACUCAAUUGACUUGGGUCAGGUGAGUCGGACUUGUGGCACAGGGGGUCUAGAUUGUCGUGGAGUGGGCCAACAACAGCAGCCCCCCAAUUCGCCACCCCCCCUCUCCCCGUUUGGUGAUCUUCGUCUGAAUAAAGGGCAGCGGUCCAACUGGUGCUGUGGCCUUGCCAUUAAAGCUAUCAAGAAAAAUAUAGACUUUGAUUGUUGAAACUGGGAGUGUUUUUUUCAGUUUUCAUUGGCAUUUUACUUAUGGAAUGAAUAGGAAAAAGGGAUAGAGAUUGAUACAAUGAGUAAUGGUAAUAAUAUGGUAUUAUGUGAUUGAAGGAAGUCUGAGUGGAAAGCCAGAUAUUCCUUUCAUGUGGGAGAUAAUGCUGAGUUUAAAUAAUUUUGGAGCCUUUAAAAUUCUUCAGUAUUUUUUGGAAUAUGCCAUAACAAGUAAGGCUUUAAAGAAUUUUUACUCCCUAAAUAUGUGUAAAUGGAGUUUUUAAGUGAUUCACCCAUACAUGGCUAUUUGGUGAUAAAAUCAAAGACAGUGCAUGAAAUCUCCAUUUGCAUGUAAUGGGUAUUUUAAAGGAGAAUGAUGAAACAUCAUUCUACACUGUGGCCAGUAUAAAUGAUAUUGCACUCAUCAGUAUUAAAAUGGUUAGUCAAGAAAUAGUCUGUGCUUCAAGUUG